AUGACGAAAAUCCAGAAAGAACGAAGAAAACGCGGCACGGCAUUUUCGAAAAAAGACUCGCGCAGUUCGCAACCGGCUUUCAUGUAUUCGAACGAGGGUCAGAAGACCUCUUCGAAGGAAGUGAAGUACCCCACGGCCAUCGGGCAACCCGUUCAAGUCGACGCGUACGGCCGCCCCAUUGUCGAGGCCGUGCCUCUUGCCCCUGCAGCUGUCUACAGCCCCCAAGUGGUGCCCAAUAACGCCAACAUCCGUCGAGAUGCACAGGGCAAUGCGCUAUGUCGCAAAUGCUCGACUGCGUACCCGCUCCCUGCUGGGUGCACGAGCUGGAGAUGCCGCAGCUGUGGUGAGCUCAAUAAUGCCAGUAUUCUAGGCAACGAGUGCAGCAUUUUGUAA